ACAUCACAUCGCUCAUAAGUUCCUUCACCGUGUAAAUUGUGAAUUUUACAAGAAAAUACUUGUUUCAAGUUUUUCCCAGCAUCGCCGUUUGUGUGCCAACAAUGAACGACAGCUUUGGUGCCGGUGGAUUCAACGCCACAGCCGGAGGCAGUGGGGGCGGUGCCGUACAGGAGAACAAAGCCGAAGGUAUCCUGCCGCUAACCAUCCGGCACAUCAUGGAAUCAUCGGACAACGGCGUGCAGCUGUUCGGUAUGCAGUACAGCAUGGUAACGUUUAUGGCGAUCGUCCGCAGCAUUGACCACUCGUCCACUAAAAUCACCUACCGGCUGGAGGAUCACACCGGUCAGAUCGAUGCGCAUCUCUGGCUGGAGGAAGGCGAUUCCGUCAAGACGCCCGGCAUCGGAACGGACGGCUAUGCGCGGGUUAUCGGUUCCGUUCGGAACCAGGGCGGUAGCAAGGUGAUUAUGAUUUUUAAAAUCAAUCAAGUUUCCUCGCCGAAUGAAGUGACCACACAUCUGCUGGAGGUGUUGAAUGCUCGCUUCAAGAGUGAGGAGUACGCGAAGGGAUCGGCUGGUGGAGCUGGGUUUGGCGGAGCGGGAGAACAGACUGCCGCUUCCAGCGGUGGGUUUAUGGAGACCGACGGCAAUGCGUUGGGGCUUACGGGUAAAAAUUUGGUGGUGUAUAAAGCUAUCAAAAGUCACAUUUCCGACACCGGAAUCAGCCGUCAGGAGUUGCAGAAGAAGUUUACUCACAUCAGUGCAUCGGAGAUGCAGAGCAUCACCGAUUACAUGACACAGGAAGGCAUUAUCUACACCAGCAUUGAUUCCGAUCACUUCCUUUGUGUGGAUGCGUAGCGGUAUUCCAUCGUGAGAUAGGUUUCGAAGCAUUUAUAAUGUCUAUUGGUGUAUUUUAUUAUUAUACGUUAUCAAGUAAUUGUUUCUUUGCAUU